ACAUGUAGUGGGUCCCCACUGUAUGACUCUUAUUCUUCUCACACGAGUGGAGCUGACCUGACGUUAUAAAUGAGAAAGCAAUUGAAUCAGAAGCAAGCCUUAGUUCUUGGAAGACCUGGAAUUCAUUGAAGGAUUCAUGAAUGUUGAGAGAACCGGUGGUGACUCCGAUGUUUUAGCAGCGGUACUUCCUUGGAAAUCUGCACCAGCUGAUAAGUUUACCUCCAUCAAGUGCUCUCACGAUUUUUCAAACGCUACAAAUUCGACCACGCCGCUGAUUUCUUACUACCAAAUCUGAAUUGGUCGACACACUGGACAUGGCGGUUUCCAUGAGCGACGCGAAUACCUCAAUGCAUGCAGGGCUUGUGUCGCCCUUACCUCAAAAUUCGACGCAAUUACCCCAAGAGUUCGUUGAAGCAGAUCAAAAGCACUUAUCAAAUGCAGAAUUGGAAUCGACAGAGGAUCCAGAACUUGACUUUCCAGUUCUGGAUCUUUCCUUGCUCAGUGGCGACAAAAAGCACCACGAUGAGGUUAUCACUGCAGCCGCUGAAGCCUGUCAAAACUGGGGGUUCUUUCAGAUUCAGAACCACGGAAUCGAUCAGAGGCUAAUUGAAAAAUGCAAGGAGGAGGCACUUCGGAUGUUUCAGCUUCCUCUCGAAGCCAAGAAGAGAUGCGAUCGCCCCCCUGGAACCUCCUUCGGAUACGGCUCCAAUACCUGGGUCAACCAGAAGGUCCAGCACUGGGCUGAGAGCUUCCAUUUGCAGCUCAAACCUAUGUCCAACGUCCCAGCAAUGGCAUCCAAGCUUUUUCCAGAUCAAACAUCCAGCCAGCAAUUCAGCUCAGUCGUUGAAGAAUACAUGGAGACAGUGCAGAAUCUGGCAAUUCAAGUGGUGGAGAUUCUCACCGAGGGGUUGGGUUUGCCUCCAGCCUACUUCAGUCAGCAUCUUCAAAGAGAGAGAAUGGUAUCUAUGCGGCUCAACUUCUACCCCCCUUGCCCUGAGCCUUCCAAGGCAAUCGGCCUCCGAGCUCACACCGACCCCCAUCUAAUAACAAUCCUGCACCAAGACACCGUUCGAGGGCUUCAGGUUCAAGUUGCAGAGAAGUGGGUGACUGUCAAACCAAGGCCAGAUUGCUUUGUGGUCAACAUAGGUGACAUCUUUCAGAUAUUGAGCAACACAAGGUACAAGAGCGGGCUGCACCGAGCAGUUGUGAACGGCCAAUUCCAGCGUUUAUCCAUGGCAUGCUUUCUGAAUCUACCACUAGACUGUGUUGUAGCAGCCCCUCCUGAGCUCAUCACCACAGAUUGUCCUCAGAAAUACCGGCCUUUCCUAUGGCUGGAGUAUCUCAAACACGCUUAUUUGUAUCACCCCAUAACUGGAAACGACCGCCACGAGAAAUUCUUUUUGAAGCCAUCUGGUGAUAUCCCAGUCGCGGCCUCUUCAGUUCAUUGACCAGCAUCACAAGUGUGGUGGUAUUUAUUUACAAUCAAAGUUGAUAUUUGGCAGUGACUGUGUGCUCUUGAACCAGGUUUACAAACAAAGUGGAUCAUUUUAGAGGUGUGAGAAAAAAGAAAACGGCAUCAGGGAUCGUAAAAGACCUUGUGAUUUCAGUUGUAUCAAUAGCUGAAAUAUGAGAAUUAGUUUCAAGUACUCAUGAAUCGAUGUUGUGGGUGCAUAUUUAGUGAAGUAGUAGGGAAGAAAGGAUUUCAUCUGUAGAAUAAGAUGAGACUUUGAGAGGCCUUUUCAUUGGCUGGGAUUAUUGCAGCUAUUGUGUAGUUACUUUAUGGUAACAAAACUUGACGUAAUAUACUCUAAUCAUAUUUUUAUUAGAAUAUGACAAUUAUUUAUUUUUAA